GGCCCAGCAUGGUCAUGGCGGAUGGCCCGAGGCACUUGCAGCGCGGGCCGGUCCGGGUGGGGUUCUACGACAUCGAGGGCACGCUGGGCAAGGGCAACUUCGCCGUGGUGAAGCUGGGGCGGCACCGGAUCACCAAGACGGAGGUGGCGAUAAAAAUAAUAGAUAAAUCUCAGCUGGAUGCAGUGAACCUUGAGAAAAUCUACCGAGAAGUACAAAUAAUGAAAAUGUUAGACCACCCCCACAUAAUCAGACUUUAUCAGGUAAUGGAGACCAAAAGUAUGUUGUACCUUGUGACAGAAUAUGCCAAAAAUGGAGAAAUUUUUGACUAUCUUGCAAAUCAUGGCCGGUUAAAUGAGUCUGAAGCCAGGCGAAAAUUCUGGCAAAUUCUGUCUGCUGUCGAUUAUUGUCAUGGUCGGAAGAUUGUGCACCGUGACCUCAAGGCAGAAAAUCUCCUGCUGGAUAACAACAUGAACAUCAAAAUUGCAGAUUUCGGUUUUGGAAAUUUCUUUAAAAGUGGUGAACUACUGGCAACGUGGUGUGGCAGCCCCCCUUAUGCAGCCCCGGAAGUCUUUGAAGGACAGCAAUAUGAAGGACCACAGCUGGAUAUUUGGAGUAUGGGAGUUGUUCUUUACGUCCUUGUCUGUGGAGCGCUGCCUUUUGAUGGACCAACUCUGCCGAUUUUGAGGCAGAGGGUUUUAGAAGGAAGAUUCCGGAUUCCGUAUUUCAUGUCAGAAGAUUGUGAGCACCUUAUUCGAAGGAUGUUGGUCCUAGACCCCUGCAAACGGCUAACCAUCGCUCAGAUUAAGGAGCACAAGUGGAUGCUCAUAGAAGUUCCUGUGCAGAGGCCUGUUCUGUAUCCACAAGAGCAAGAAAACGAGCCGUCCAUCGGGGAGUUCAAUGAACAGGUUCUGCGCUUGAUGCACAGCCUUGGAAUAGACCAGCAGAAAACCAUCGAGUCUUUGCAGAACAAGAGCUAUAACCACUUUGCUGCCAUUUAUUUCUUGUUGGUGGAGCGCCUGAAAUCACAUAGGAGCAGUUUUCCGGUGGAGCAGAGACUUGAUGGCCGCCAGCGUCGGCCUAGCACCAUUGCUGAACAAACAGUUGCCAAGGCACAGACUGUGGGACUCCCCGUGACCGUGCACUCCCCCAACAUGAGACUGCUGCGCUCGGCCCUCCUCCCACAGGCAGCCAACGUGGAGGCCUUUUCCUUUCCAGCGUCAGGCUGUCAGGCAGAAGCAGCAUUUAUGGAAGAAGAGUGUGUGGACACGCCAAAGGUAAACGGCUGCCUGCUCGACCCUGUGCCUCCCGCCCUGCUGAGGAAGGGCUGCCAGUCACUGCCCAGCGACAUGAUGGAGACCUCCAUUGAUGAAGGGCUGGAGACAGAAGGCGAGGCUGAGGAAGACCCCAGCCAUUCCUUUGAGGCCUUUCAGUCCACGCGCAGUGGGCAGAGGCGGCACACUCUGUCCGAGGUGACCAAUCAGGUGGUCGUGGUGCCUGCAGGAGGGAAAAUUUACUCCAUGAGCGACACCCCAUCCCUUGACAGUGUGGACUCUGAGUAUGAUAUGGGGUCUGUUCAGAGGGACCUGAACUUUCUAGAGGAAAACACCUCCCUGAAGGACAUGAUGUUAGCCAAUCAGCCCUCACCCCGUAUGACAUCUCCCUUCGUAAGCUUGAGACCCACCAACCCAGCCAUGCAGGCUCUGAGCUCCCAGAAACGAGAGGCCCACAAUAGGUCGCCAGUGAGCUUCCGGGAGGGCCGCCGGGCAUCGGACACCUCCCUCACCCAAGGAAUUGUAGCAUUUAGACAACAUCUUCAGAAUCUGGCCAGAACCAAAGGAAUCCUAGAGUUGAACAAAGUGCAGCUGUUAUAUGAACAAAUAGGAUCAGAGGCGGACCCGUCGGCUGCCUCUCAGCUCCAGGACCUGGCCAGCAGUUGCCCUCAGGAGGAAGUUUCUCAGCAGCAGGACAGCGUCUCCACCCUCCCCACCAGUGUGCACCCUCAGCUCUCCCAGCGGCAGAGCCUGGAGUCCCAGUUUCUGCAGCACAGACUCCAGAAGCCCAGCCUUCUGUCAAAGGCCCAGAAUACCUGUCAGCUUUAUUGCAAAGAACCACCUCGGAGCCUCGAACAGCAGCUGCAGGAGCACAGGCUCCAACAGAAGCGACUCUUCCUCCAGAAGCAGUCUCAGCUGCAGGCAUACUUUAAUCAGAUGCAGAUAGCAGAGAGCUCCUACCCACAGCCAAGUCAGCAGCUGCCCCUUCCUCACCAGGAGAGUCCUCCACCAUCACAGCAGGCCCCACCAUUCAGCCUGAGCCAGCCCCUGAGUCCCGUGCUGGAGCCCUCAUCUGAGCAGAUGCAAUACAGCCCUUUCCUCGGCCAGUACCAGGAGAUGCGGCUACAGCCCCUGCCCUCCACGCCUGGUCCUCAGGCGCCUCCGCUGCCCGCACAGCUGCAGCAGCAGCCGCCGCCACCACCUCCACCACCGCCACCACAACAGCCAGGAGCCACCCCAGCCCCCUUACAGUUCUCCUAUCAGACUUGUGAGCUGCCCAGUGCUGCUUCCCCUCCACCAGACUAUCCCACCCCCUGUCAGUAUCGUGUGGAGGGAGCCCAGCAGGGCGGGCUGGCAGGGCCAGACUCGCCCCGGAGCUCAGGACUGCAGGAGGCCUCCUCCAGCUAUGACCCACUGGCCCUCUCUGAGUUACCUGGACUCUUUGAUUGUGAAAUGCUGGACGCUGUGGAUCCACAACACAAUGGGUAUGUCCUGGUGAAUUAACCUCAGCGCAGGAAGUGAGGUGGGUCAAGUGAAGGAAGACGGUGUAUUUCUAUUUUUAUUCCAGCCUUUUAAAUUUAAAGCUUAUUUUCUUGCCCUCUCCCUAGUGGGGAGAAAUCAGGUCACCCAGCUGUAAUCAGAGGGCCUGCUUAGGGUGGAUGUUGCUUCCUCUUGCCUCUGUCCCACCACAAAGUUUUCUGUGGCAAGUGCUGGAAUAUAGUUGUAGGCUAGAGCUCAUGCCCUUAGGGUGAGAGGAGCAAGCUGUUGAGGGAGGCACCGACAAAAUGUUUCUGUAAGAAGACAUUCAGACCUAGCUUGUAUGCAGAGUUACACCAGUUCAUUAUCACAGGAAACCUUGCUGUAAGCAGGAACAUGUGUGCUAUUGCAUAUAUAGGGGCAAAAAAGGCAAUGUAUUUUUCACUGAAGCUGAACAACAACAUAUUGCUUCAAGGCAAAUCAAGAAUACAUAAUGAAAUUUGAUGGACAGGAAAUAAAGGAAAGUUGUAGCUGCUGAUGCAGGCUGUCCCCAAGGCUGUUACAAAGUGGUGGAGUGUGAGCUAUUUCAGGGGCUGCUAUGUAACACCAGGCACUGACCUGAGACCAGUUGUCUUCUCCCUCUGGGAGCAGGUGACACACAUCUACAGAAGGUGCCCCUGGGUUGCUGAGAGUCAGAAUAUACUCAGGGCUCCAAAGAUGUCACCUGCAGAACUGACAGGAAACCCCCUCCCCCCCAUCAGUGGAGGCGGGGGCAGGAAACUCGGGAAGGCAUCAAGAGCACCAGCCUCCCACCCCCACCCCGGCCAAGGAAGGCAGGCUCUGUCCGCACAGUCUCUUGUGGAGACUUCUGGUGUGGGGGCACUUGGUCUCCAGAGGACCUGUUGUCUCUUUUACAAUGUAAUAACUACUUUGACUUUACACUAUAUGUUGCUAGUAGUAUAUUGAGCUUUGUAUAUUUGGACAGUUUCAUAUAGGGCUUAGAAAUUUUAAAGACACGAGAAAUGAACUUUUAUGUCCCAUGUGAGGUGGUAGUGCUGUGCCUUUCCCCCAGAUCGUGCUUUAAUUCUUUCUUUUCUGUAGAAACCAACAGUUUCCCAUUUAUGUCAAUGCUAAAUCCAAAGUCACUUCAGAGUUUGUUUUCCACCAUGUGGGAAUCAGCAUUCUUAAUUUCCUUACAUUUUGACUUGUAAUUAAAUGUUCAAGUAUAACAGCAAUAUUCAAAGAACCACAGAUGUGUUAACCGUUUAAGCAGAUUGUCUGCCAAACACAUUAUAUUCCUAGUAAAACUCAACUAACCCUUACAAUUCAUUCAUCAGAGUAAGUCAGAAAUAGAUACUAAAGCUAGUUACCUAUAAGCCUAGAAGUAAUGAGUAACUGUCAUUUGGACAGUAACAUCCAGGUGUUAAAAAUUCAGUAUUAUUUAUAAAGGUAUAAUUUCUGUCCUCUAGAGUGGUUUGUCCUGUCAGCAGAUGACUGCAUUAAGCACAAAGCAGAGAGAAACUCCACUGACGCUGCGUCUAGAAAACACCUUUAAGUUGCCUUUCCUCUUUGUCGUAAGUGUCCAGACAGGUGAGGGCAAGCGUGAAAACUCUAGGGAGUUCCCUUCUGGCCACCUCCCCCACCCCCGCCAGCACUGGUAACUUGCAGUCUUGUUGCUGUCCAGAGACUGCCUGGUCACUGGGGCUCCGCGUGGGGCCAGGACACUUUGCAGAGGCACUGUGCUCGGGGUCGAACUCUGGGUGUCAGCAGGAAAAAGGGUAGUGCAGGGACUGUUGUUUCUGUGAUUUAAUAACAUGCAGUGAAAAUCCAGGAAGAAUGAAUUAAGUUCCUUCUAUGGGUUGCUUUUUCCUCCCCGAGCUUAAGAUUGAUGGUUUCAUGAAAUAGAGAACAUCAUUUCAUUUACGAGAUCGUUUCAUUGAGAUCUCUAAUCUGUUUUAAGUCUUUGCAAAAUAAGCUAGUUGUAAAAACAGGACUUGAUUUGUUUAGAUGGAAGGAGGAUGUUUUCCCAAAAUAUACUACAGAAGUGCUGUAAUAUUUAUGAAAUUAAAAUGCCUUCCAGAUUGAAAAUGGGGGCCAUUCAUUUCAGAACGGCAGGAAUGGUACAGUAACAGAUUGGCAUAAACUCCCCACCACCACCCCCCAACGAGGCUGUGAGCUGCUUAGCCCAAGAGACCUAGAGCUAUGGCAGGACAGUUAGGCCGACAUGUGAGGGACUGCAGAGAGGCUGCGGGCUGGAAGGUUAAGGGACGCAGACAAAUUGGGAAGCGCCCGCACAGCAGCAGCCAGGCCGCUGGACACUCCCUGGUGAAGAGCACGACCCUCCUGCUGGAACCCAUGUGGCAAGCUCCUGUUUGCUUAUCUCAUUUAUUUCAAGCAGAAAUCAAUAAAUUCCAUAACCAUCUGUAUUUACUUAAAUGUAAGCUGGUGAGCGGAGACUGGCUCUGGUGGCCGGUUGGGUGUCUGCAGCUGUGUCUGAUCUGUGCUGUUCUGGUCCCUAAACAGUGACCGGUGGAAGCCUCCAUUUGCUCCAUAAAUGCUAGGGAAACACUACGAAGGCUUGCACCGCUCUUUCUGUGAGAGGCUCCUUUGAAUUCCUGACUCCCUUUGCGGUCUGUUCCACAUUAGCGUGUGUACACUACUGUUUGGUGAUCGUUAGCUUUAUUAUCUGGUAAACCAGGCUCGUCGAAGAGACUUUGGUGAGAUGAAUCUGAGGUAAAAAUUUCAUUUGGCAAAAAAGUGCAAUAUGUGUGGUACUUUCUUUAUUUUGUAUGUUCCUUUUUUAAUCCAGAGGUGUUAGUCUCUGCCUUGGGAAAAAUGCACUAGUUCUGCAGUUUCCAGUUAGGCAAGUGUGUCUCUAGUAUUUACAUGCAACUGACAUGCUGGUCCCUGUAAGGCAAACAGGGCAUGUAACACAGCAGAAGGGAGUGGGGUCCUGCAGGUCACUCCCGGGGCGCUACACUGACCGUCCCCAGCCACCCCGAGCUCCUCUGCACUGCCCCUCACCACUUUGGGGACAGGGUGAGGGACAGACAGUUGUCUUUGCAAACAGCCUCUAGAACCCAAUGGGCAGGGACCAUGGCCCAUCAGGAGGAGCAGAGAUGGGACUCAAGGGUUGUUAGUACAGAUACAAGUAGAGCCUUUUCUUUUCUGUACUUUGUCUUCUAAAAAAGUCAUGGCCCUUUCUCCCUCAGAAUUAAGAAACUCCCAGUUGUUUAAACGGUGGCUUAGAGUCAGUGAGGUGAGAUGGCGGGAGCCUAGGGCCCAACUCAGCCUUUACCCUGCGCUCCUCCCUGACUCUGGCCCCUCGAGCAGUCAGGGGCCCUGUGCUCUGAUGGGGAGGGAGGGCCAGGCCACCCUGUGGGAGUUCUACCUGCCCUCUACCCUGUCCUCCAGCAGGGACUAAAGGCCCCAGCAGAGGGACUUGUCAGGGGACUGGCUGACCUUUCUGCCCACACACUGGAUGUCAUUCAUACCUACUACAGGCAGAGAAAUGCUUGAAAGAAUUCUGUGAGUCGCCGGAUGCAGUGGCUCACACCUAUAAUCUCUAGCACUCUGGGAGGCCAAGGUGGAUGGAUUGCCUGAGCUCACGAGUUCAAGACCAGCCUGAGCCAGAGCUAGAUCUCAUGUCUAAAAAAACUAGCUGGGCAUUGUGGCAGGUACCUGUAGUCCCAGCUACUUGUGAGGUGGAGGCAAGAGGAUGGCUUAAGCCCGAGUUUGAGGUUGCUGUGAGCUGUGACGUCAACAGCACUCUACCUAGGGUCACAGGUGAGAAGCUGUCUCAAAAAAAAAAAAAAGAAAGAAUUCUGUGAUUCUGUGCAGGUGUUAGGCUUGGGAAAAGGACAUAUUCUCGUCUAGAGAGUGAGUCAGUGAUCAGCCAGAAACCAAGCAAAGCUGAACAGCAGCAGCUUCCAGUCCUAGCCAGUCAAGGGUGCCAGCGGCGUGUGCCUCAGAGCAGCCUCUGGGGAGACGCAGGCGCAGAGGCUGCCGCCUCUGUGUGGGUCCUCCAGCCUCUAGUCCAGCCCCAGGUUGAUGGAUAUAUUGGGGUCAGAGUUUUUCUACUCUGGAUUGCAUUUAAAACCUCUAUCAACAGUUACACGUAAGCUCUCUAUUGGUUUAAAGAAACAUCAUAUUCCAGAUAACUUUUUCACAUUCAACCUCCCCGAGAGAUAAUGUCAUUGCCAACAUUGGUCCCCAGUGAAUGGCUGCUGAAUCCCUGUGCUGGGGCUGACCUGGCCGCAUCUGCACCCUACACUGGGAUAUCUCUGCUGCCUCCUCGGGAGCCACCUGCGCCACUCAGUCUCUCUGUACCUAGACAUCAAAGGGGAAAACUGGAGAAUAGGCAGGAAGUUGGAGUCAUAGUACAGGCAGGGUUCUUGAUUGUUUGUUGCUUCUAGGAAAUUUUUAUAGAACCUAAAGAGUGAUGUGUGGAGGACAAAAAAAAAAACACUUUAAAAAUUUACACAUCCCUUCUGACCAGUCCCAUAGUUUGCUCGUUCCUGGCCUGUGGCCCAGGCAAGCGGCUGUAAUUACAGAGCUCUUUGUCUGCCCCUUGUCAGCAGCAGGGUGACCUCCAGGCCCUGUUUGGCCCUGUAGUCCUGAUCUCCCGGGGCCUCUCACAUUCAUAUUUUACCAUUUUUUCCCAGUUAAGCAGCCUGGCUGCUCCGGGAAGACUUUAACCACCAUCCUGGUCGCCCCACCAUCUUUUGCGUGCCCCUUCUCUGGGCAGAUUUCAACCCAAUGGGCAGACUGGGGCACUUACUAGUGCACAGAUGGGAAAAUAGGCAGCAGGACGGCCCACAGACGUAGCCCGUGAGAGUCCCAGGGGGUCCUAGCCUAACACUCAGCCUGCCCGUCACAGGGAGCAAUAGCUUAUAUUUAUGUGUUAGCUUUCCAAGCACUUUCACAAGUAAUCUCUUCGAAUCCUCACAACAAUUCUAUGAAGUUUGUUGGAGAGGUAUUGUCCUUAUUUUUCACAGCUGAGAAAACCAAAGCUUUCAGAAGUUUGUGUGACUUAUCCAAGUCGCAGGGCUGGUGAGGAGAGGAGCUCGGGACAAGGACUUGUGGUGACUGGCUUCUGGUGUGAGAGGCCCUCUUUCCCUCCUCAGUAGCAUCUGACUCUUUUCAUAAGCAAACAGCUGUAUAAACAAAGCCCCCAUUUUGGCCAGGCACAGGGUGAAUGUGACAGUGUUCCCAGAACCUCAUUCUCCACUUGACAGCUGCCAAGCUUUGGGGGAGAGAUGCUCUUCAGGUGACACUACAGCGGUCCAGGUGGCCCUGCAUGGAAUAAGGCUGAGGAAGACAAAGACCCCACAGAUUGGCCAUCCUUCCAGUAUCUCGUUAACCAUAGAAGUUUAGGCUCACAGCAAAGAUGUCUAGUUUUUCCAAGUUACACAAAAUAAUUUCCUAUAGAAUUACGUGAUGGAAAGACACCCCUCUUCAAUUGCUAAGGAACUGAAUUGCAUGGGGUUAGACCACUACUGAAGGCCACCAGAUUCAGCCCAGGAAAAGGGGGUGCUCAGAGAAGAGGCACAAGCUCAGCUUUGUCCUGGGGGGCAGUCAGUCUUUCUUUGCAGUCAAGUCCCACCAAGUAAAAGUGCUUGUUAGACGCUUUUUAGGAUUAAAAAAAUGACAUACUUUAUUAAAUACUUUGUCUUUUAAGAGCCAAAGUGGAUAGGCAGGGGGAAGCUUUAAAAAUAGAAGUUUAGAACAACAUCCUGGAAAAAUAUGACCCCAAAUGGAAUAAUGUUACAUUAGCAAAUGCAGAUAACUAGAACUCACUGUUGGCUGUGUGAGGCUUGUCUGUCCAAGAUUUGCUCAGUCAAGGAAAUUCAAGUGGUGAGACUGUCCCACCAGGGAUGGGACAAGAAAUCUGCCUUCACCAAGAUCUCUUAGGAGAGAGAAGCAAAGAGAACAGGAGGUUUGCUUCAUUCCGGGGACAGCAGUUUAAUAAAUAAAAGAGAUACAGAGAGAUUUGCACUUUGUGGAAAGGGCAAGAUUAUUUGCUUAUUUCUGAAGGGAGGAGGAAGAUGGUUUUGCUGGAUGUUUGGUCUGUGAAAGAGUUACUUUUGACAAAGUUAAUCUAAUUGUAGUUAUUUUUUCUGUGCUUUAAAUUACUAAGAAAAAAAUCGGUGAGUUCAAUAGCUUUGGUAUUUUGAGUGCUAAUCAUAAUAGCUCCAAUGUGAAAAAAAUCAAAGUGUAACCUGUCACUCAGUGUUAGAAAAUUGCCUAAAAUGCAGUGUAAUAAAUGAUCUUUGUACCAAAUGGUAAUUUAAAUGGGGUAAUUUUCGGCAAGGAAAAUGUACUGUUUUUAUGUUUCCAACCCUCUUGAAUUAAAAUAAAAACAACUUGUUUUCUAAGA